AUGGUGGGCUUGCAUGCGCAUCGCCGGACUUCCGGGGCCAGCAAUAGGUCCUCUUACGAUGAAUCGAAGUCGGAUGGGCCGGAGGACGAGACGACGGUCGUGGAGCCUGACCAGGGAAAUGUCUUGUCACAUAUUAUCAGCCAGCUGCGGCCUGGUGCGGACUUGAGCCGUGUGGUGCUGCCGACCUUCAUCCUGGAGCCUAGGAGUAUGCUGGAGAGGAUCACGAACUUCAUGGCACAUCCGGAGACGCUACUCCCUAUGCCUGAAAUCGACGAUCCGGUGGAGAGGUUUGUGUCGGUGGUGAAGUUCUACUUGAGUGGUUGGCAUAUCAAACCGCCGGGAGUGAAGAAGCCGCUCAACCCAAUUCUUGGCGAGACGUUCACCUGCUACUGGGAAUUUCCUGACCGCACGCACGGCUACUACAUCUCCGAGCAAACGUCCCACCACCCCCCGAAAUCAAGCUACUUCUACAUGGCGCCCGAGCACAAGAUUCGCAUCGACGGGUGUCUAAAGCCACGCAGUAAGUUCCUCGGAAACUCUGCUGCGAGUUUGAUGGAGGGAAUCGCUAUUCUUCGAUUGCUGAAUAGGGGCAAGGGCUCAAAGGGAGAGAGGUACAUUCUCACGCAGCCGAAUAUGUAUGCGAGGGGUAUCCUGUUUGGAAAGAUGAAGUAUGAGCUCGGUGAUCACAGUUUCGUGCGUUGUCCGGAGUUGGGACUAAGUGCGGAUAUCGAGUUCAAGACGAAAGGGUACUUUGGGGGAACCUAUAAUGCGAUUGGUGGCAGCAUUAAGAAUGAGACGACCGGAGAGCUGCUGUAUGAGUUGUCUGGCAUGUGGAAUGGAGAGAUGAUGAUUAAGGAUUUGAAGACUGGAAAGAAAGAACUACUCUUCAAUGCUACCAGAGCGAAGCACACCCCUCCAUUGGUACGAUCUUUGGAAGAACAAGAUGAGCGCGAAUCCCAACGAUUAUGGUUUGCAACGGCCAAAGCAGUCAAGGAACGUAAUCACGAGGUAGCUACAGACGAGAAGACGAAGAUCGAGGAUACGCAACGAGAUGAAGCAGCGAGGAGGGCAGAGGAUGGCAUUGAAUGGCGACCUCGACUUUUUAGACCCGUGGUGGGAGGUCCUGGAGGUUCAGAUGAAGGAGAGGAAGAUCUGGAUUGGAUCUUGAACGCGAAUAUUGACGGAUCAACACCCCAGAAACAGAUAGAGCAAAUCCUAGCCGUAACCCCUAUUCUCCGAGGCCAAAAACCUACGGAGAAGAAUCCUAUUCCCCCUCCACACUACCGCUCUGGAUCAUACACCUCGACCAAAUCACCAACGACUUCAGCCCACCCUGACCAUCCGCCAGCACCAGAUAACGACCUCAUUGAUUUUGGACAAAACGACGGCUCUGCCGACUCACAUGUACCUGCAAAUCUACACGCCUCACAUGCUGUCAAUAGCAACCCCCAGCAACAACACCUAGAGCAGACACUGCGUGAAACUAGCACAGAGCGGAAAGCUCAGGACAGCCUGAUUGAUUUCCACGAUGAUCUGAAGCGGGAUCUAACAACUGUGGAUGGACAUUCGGUAUCUCUGAAAAGGCAUGAUACCGACACCUCGAGCUUGGAUGAGUUCGUUGAUGCCGAGGGAUAG